AUGGAUAUAGAUUAAAACAUUAAGAGUAAAUUUUAGAAAGCAAGAGACGAAGUCGAUCCUAUCCUUUAUUAAAAAUGGGAUAAUGAGUAAAAUUAUAUAAGAUAGUUAAUUUCUGAAAAAGACGAAUUUGAUUGGGAUAUAAAUCCAUAGUCUCCUAAGUGCUUAAAAUAUAUUGGUGGAGUUGAUAUUUCUUUUUCAUAAAAAUACGAUAAUAUAGCAGUAGCUAUUUUAACAAUAUUAGAAUAUACAAGUUUGAAAGCUAUUUAUUAAUAACAUGAGGUAGUUAAAUUGGAUUACCCUUAUAUUCCUGGUUUUUUAGCUUUUAGAGAAGCAGCUCAUUUAGCAAAAUUAUUUAAUUAAUUAAAAUAAAACAAACCAGAAUACACUCCUUAGGUUGUAUUAGUAGAUGGAAAUGGAAUUUUACAUUAAAAUGCAUGUGGUUUAGCUAGUCAUUUAGGAGUUUUAAUAAAUAUACCAACUAUAGGAAUUGGAAAAACUGUUUUUUUUGUAGAUGGCUUGAGUGAAGCUGAAGUAACAUACAAAUUUAAUGAGCAUUGCAAAAACGAAAAAGAUUAUGUCUUAUUAUAAGGAAAAAGUGGAAGAAUAUGGGGAGCAGCAAUAAAAAGUAAAAAAAAUACUACCGAUCCUAUCAUUAUUCAAUUGGACAUAAAAUUUCUUUAUAAUCGGCUUGCAAAUUAGUUCUAAUUGUUGUAAUUUAGAAUUCCUGAACCAGUAAGAGUAGCUGAUGUUAAAUCAAGAGAAAUUGUAAGAAAUUUGAAGUUUGAAGAUACUUUAACAGCAAAAACAAAUGAUUUUAUUAAAUAGGAUUGCAGAAAAGUCAUUGAAAGAGAAAAUAGACAUAUAAAUGAAAAAUUUGCUAAAUAAUCAACGACUUUUUUAGAAAGAUUUUAAAAUAAAAUUAAAGAUAAUAAACAUAAAUUAAUUUUUUUUAUUGGAGUAAUUUUAAUUUGUUAACUUAAAUUUGCUUAUGAAAAUUGA